CAUCCCUUUUGCGGCUUGACGUUAUCACUGGUUAUCACUGAUUAUCACGUGUCAAACGCGAAGCGAGCCGCCGCACGAGAUCCUUGCUCGCCUUGUCAUGACGGAUGCGAGCAAGGAUGUCUCUAUCGAAGAAACACGGGAACAAGGCUAACGUCGACUACAAGGCGCGGCUCGAGUACAAGUUGUACCUGGCCAGGGAAAAUCCGGAACCAGUGUUCGACGUCUCGGAAUGCGCCUUGAAACAUGUGCCAUCGGGGAUCUAUUCGCUCUGCAAGGUGUUCAGGAAGAAGGUCCUGGUAAUGUACAACAAUAAAUUGAGCUCGCUCUCAGGCGGAGGUGCCUUAAGUGACUUGUCGCUGCUGACUGUGUUAGACAUUCAUGGAAACGAGUUCGCUGCUUUACCCUCGGACAUAAUGUAUUUCUCUUCUCUCAAGGAACUCUACUUGCAAGAUAACAAUAUUCGCAAACUGCCCAACGAGAUAGUUCAAUUAAGCAAACUAACAAUCCUUAAUGUAUCGAGGAACAAUCUGAAACAGCUGCCCGAGGAGAUCGGACAGCUGCAGCAGCUCACUGCCUUGGACAUUGGUCAUAACAAGUCGCUGCAGAAGCUGCCCAAAUCCCUUGGCUAUGCCCAGCACUUGACAAAUUUAAAUAUUGAUGAACUGAACCUGUCAUACCCACCAUCAGAUAUCUUAAAUGGGGGCACAAUUGUGAUCAUCGCUUUCCUGGCGAAUGAAAGCGGUAUUGAAUACUCGCCAGAGGAUUCGGUAUCUGAAACUACCGAUAUCUCCAGAGAUAUAAGCUCGGAAGAUAUGCAGGCGGUAUACCACAAUAAAAGUAACGAUGUGCAGGCAGUGUUACAGAAGCUAGACAAAAUCAAGGAACAUCGGCAGAACGCUUUGUUGGAAGUGGAGAAGAACAUAAAACAGCAGCAGGAAUAUGAGAUAGAAGUGCAAUCCAUGCUCAAGGCUCACAGAAAGAAACUGUUAGAGGAUCUGGCACUGCAGCAGAUACAAUUGGAGCAGGAACUGGAGAAAGUGCAGCAGGAAAGGGACACGAACAGGACGCGUUUACUUUUAUACAUCUACGACGCCGAGAAAGAGGCCGAUAACGUGAUUCAAGAGUUUCUGAGAAACAGCGAGGGGGAGAGACAGAGCCAGGCGGAAUUACUGGAGCGAGAGAAGCGAGAGGAGAUGCGUCUGUUGAGUUCGUGCCAUUCGGAGCAGUUCAUGCUACGUACAAAGGAUACCCUCUUUGCAAUGGAGAAGUUGCUGGAGGAAGAGAUGUGUAAAGCGAGGAAGCUGGAGGAAUAUACGAAAUAUAGGAACUAUACCGCGCAAUCGCUGCUCACAUUGGAGGUGAGAAACAACGACCAUUUGGCACAAAUAGUGCAUGACCAAGAGAAGAAUCGACAGGAUCUCAUCGACAGGCUGCGGCAGGACGAGGUCCUGCAGAAAGCAGCGGUCGCAACACUCUUGGAACGCAGCGACGCGCGUUCCUGGAGCAUCGUUCAGCAAGUGAAUCUAGUGCAAUCGCAAUUGGCGGCGCUCACUACCAUUGAACUGGAAAGGAAGAAGCUGGAGAUCAAUCAGCAGCUCAACGAAAUCGCCGACAGACGCGUGGCCCUGACGGCUAUUCUGGUGGACUUGCUGGAGCAGCAAAAGGCUAGAAGAGAUCAGCUGCUGGAGACGAUAAAUACUAUAGAGCAACAACGAUGCAUCUCUAAUGCCAGACGCGGCAGUUUGUUCUGGCUAAUGCAGUAUCAGUCCUUGAUGGAAGCGCGACCGCAAGGCCUGCUGGAAAUGCUGGAACCCAUGCUGGUUCGACACGUCGCGAUCGCGGGAGCACUGCACUGUCUUCCGUUCUUGGCUGCAUUGCCAUCCUUGUUACCGGAUAUCAGCGACGAGCAACUAAAUGAUAUCGGUAUAAGCUGCGAGAAGGACCGCGCCGCCAUAAUGUUGGCGGUGGAGAAUUACCUAGCGGAAGUGAAGCUGAAUGAAUCUACUCGAUCACCGCUAACGCCUUCCGCGCCACCCGAAGAGGCUUCGACUAGUAGUCAGGACUGCAAUUUUAUUCAAAACAUUAACAUGACAGAAUGUGUAAUUUGCCUCGAUUCACAGUGCGAGGUGAUUUUUCUACCUUGUGGACAUCUGUGCUGUUGUUCCGCGUGUGCAGAUAAAAUUCUCGCGGAGUGUCCGAUGUGCAGAAGCCCCAUUGAACGCAAAGUUCGCGUUGUGCAGCCUUGAACUCGCGGAACGUGAAUGGUGUUUUGUUUGACUAAUUCUGCGAAUGAUUUCUCUCCAAUCUCGCAAUCGCAUAAAAAUGCUUCUUCCUGAUCUGUGAUUACACACAUACAUAUAUACAUCCCCGGACCGAUUAUUUCCAUAAUAGUGGAAAAUAUAACGCGCACAACAGUUAUAUCUACCACUGCAUGGUAAUGUAACGUUUGUAUAAAGUACACCAAUGUUAUCGUUUUAUGCCACAAGAACAAAUCUUUUCCUUUGACCAGGUUUGAUAUAUCGAUUUUACUUAUCUUAGAGAUAACACUAACCUAAAAAUAGUCGAAAUAGCGUUCCACGAAUAUACUCGAAUGUAGUCUUUUUACACAUGCACUUUAACUCAUUUAAGUGGUAUAGACGAAAUACUAUUCGAAGGUGAUCAGAUCUGGUGGCACUUUGUGUCUCAACGUAAUCUCGACUGACUACAAACGGUACACAUAGUUUAUAUAAGUGGAUUGCAAACAUAUCUUAUAGAUUACAGAAUAUAGACAUACUUGGAAGAACUCGAACAACAGAAACGAUCCUAAGAUCUGUUUGUAGUUGAGCGCGAUGAUGGAAGAAGACCAGCGCUAUGCAUAAGCUUUUAUAAAUGAUAAUUUAUACGACGAAAUUUUGAUAAAUAAUUACGUGAAAACACCUUCGAAUCGAGCCUUAUUGGUAAUUUAAAUUUCACAAGUGAAAUUUAAAUUCUAGUGUUUUCUUCUUUCUAUAUAUUGGUUAUGUCAAUUGAUUGUGAACAAAUUUCUUGUUGAAUAAUAUAGUAAAAAUCUCGUUUGCAA